UCGCCCAGCCCGAGCCUUGAUUCACGUCCCCUGGCGCGCUGGUGCUUUCUGGACUCGUGCGGCAACAGAUCAUCGGUACAAGCACGAGAUGUCUCCUUUACAUGCAACCAUAUAGCGGCUAAUUCGGUUUUAAACACCCGGACUCGCGAAGAACAGCGACUCCGCAGCAUCCGGGAGCUUCGUCUGGUCCGACUGAAGUCAAUCCAGCCUGCUUGGUGUAUUACACGGAUCAGUUCGGCGUCUGUAUUCAUGUUAUUUCAGGCAUUAUAUUGUUGAAUAUAACAGAUAAUCAUGGCGAGUGACUCUCCUGCGAGGAGUCUGGAUGAGAUCGACCUGUCUGCUCUGCGGGACCCUGCGGGCAUAUUUGAGCUGGUGGAGCUUGUGGGAAAUGGGACCUACGGACAAGUAUAUAAGGGACGUCAUGUCAAGACUGGCCAGCUCGCUGCAAUCAAGGUCAUGGAUGUCACAGGGGAUGAGGAGGAGGAGAUUAAAGCUGAGAUCAACAUGCUGAAAAAAUACUCCCACCAUCGAAACAUCGCCACCUACUAUGGUGCCUUCAUCAAGAAGAACCCACCUGGCGUGGAUGACCAGCUCUGGUUGGUGAUGGAGUUUUGUGGUGCUGGUUCAGUGACAGACCUGAUAAAGAACACCAAAGGAAACUCUCUGAAGGAGGAGUGGACAGCCUACAUCUGCAGAGAGAUCCUCAGGGGUCUGACCCACUUGCAUCAACAUAAGGUCAUUCAUCGUGAUAUCAAAGGUCAGAACGUUUUGCUCACAGAAAAUGCGGAAGUCAAACUAGUUGAUUUUGGUGUGAGUGCACAGUUGGACCGUACCGUCGGUAGGAGGAACACUUUUAUUGGCACGCCAUAUUGGAUGGCUCCAGAGGUCAUAGCUUGUGAUGAGAACCCAGAAGCCACAUAUGACUUCAAGAGUGAUCUGUGGUCGCUGGGAAUUACAGCUAUUGAAAUGGCAGAAGGAGCCCCUCCGCUGUGCGAUAUGCAUCCCAUGCGAGCACUUUUCCUCAUACCCAGAAACCCAGCGCCCCGUCUCAAGUCCAAGAAGUGGUCUAAAAAGUUCCAGUCAUUCAUUGAGAGCUGUUUAGUGAAGAAUCACAACCAGAGACCCAGUACUGAGCAGCUCGUCAAGCAUCCCUUCAUCAAAGACCUUCCCAACGAGAGACAGGUCCGAAUCCAGCUCAAAGACCACAUUGACCGGACCAAGAAGAAGAGAGGAGAGAGGGACGAGACGGAAUAUGAGUACAGUGGAAGUGAAGAGGAGGAGGAAGAGCGAGACAUAGGAGAGCCGAGCUCCAUCAUAAACAUCCCUGGGGAAUCGACCCUGAGGCGGGACUUCCUGCGUCUGCAGUUGGCCAAUAAGGAGCGCUCCGAAGCCCUGAGGAGACAACAGCUAGAACAGCAACAGAAUGAGGAACACAAGCGCCAACUACUGGCAGAGAGGCAGAAACGCAUCGAGGAACAGAAGGAGCAAAGGAGGCGACUAGAGGAGCAACAGCGACGGGAGAGAGAGCUCCGGAAACAGCAGGAGAGAGAGCAGAGGAGGCGUUAUGAGGAGAUGGAGCAGCUCCGGAGAGAGGAGGAGAGGAGGCAUGCUGAGAGGGAGCAGGUGAUGGAGAGAGCUCAGAGUAACUCUCCUCGAAUCCCUCCCAAGAAGCACCAUUCAUUUAACAGUCCUGGAGAAAAACGUGUUGGCCAACUCCUCCCUCUUGACAAGAGCUCCUCUAAUCAGCCCACAAGGCCCCCCUCCUACCCAGCAGCCUCCCACUCGAGAGAGAUGGAGCUGGCCGAGCCUCAGCUCAGGAUAACCAGUGGGCCAAACGUUCCUAGAAUCUGUAUGUCUUGCGAGCCAGAUCCAUCCCAGCUGGUCAGGAUGGUCCAGCAACAUCUUGAGCAAGAGUCCCGGGGCCGCAGUCCCGGAAACUCCAGCAAAGGGGCUGAUACUGAGAGAGACUUAUACGUCUCAAAGGUUGAGGAACGCUCCAAGCUGAACCGCCAGAGCUCUCCGGCUCUCCAGCACAAAGUGGCCAAUCGUAUUUCCGAUCCCUCCCUUCCUCCCCGCUCAGAGUCCUUCAGCAGUGGAGGCAUACAGCAGGCCCGGACGCCUCCCAUGCACCGCCCGGUAGAGCCUCAGAUGGCGCACCUGGUCUCUGUGAAGUCCCAUGGCUCUUCCAUGACAGGAUCCCAGUCGCUGCAUGAUCAGUCCUCUCAGGGUGUCUCAGCCUUCCAAGAGGGUGUGUCACCUCACAGACCUCCGAUGCCUCGGCAGAACUCUGACCCCACAUCAGAAACCCCGGCCCCACCACCUCGCAUCACCAGCCGAGACGACAAGUUUGACCGCAGCUCUUGGCUGAGACAGGAAGAUGAUGUCCCUCCAAAGGUGCCCCAAAGGACCACUUCCAUAUCCCCUGCGCUGGUGAGAAAAAAUUCUCCAGGGAAUGGACCGGGUGGACUGGGACCAAGAACCGGAGCACAUCUGUUCCGAGCCAGUAACCCAGACCUGCGGAUUCCCAUGGAGUCGGCUCUCCAGAGAACCAGCAGUGGGAGUUCUUCCAGUUCUAGCACGCCCAGCUCUCAGGCCGGCUCCAGCGAAAGAAAUAGUGUGGGAGGCUCCAGUAAACCUGAGGGAUCCCCAGCAGUGUCCCAAGAAUCCAAGCCCAAAACCCAGGAGGAGAACAGAGAGGUGACCAGACCUAGCAGACCAGCGAGUUAUAAGAAAGCCGUAGAUGAGGUUAGUGACAUCUCCUCACUUCAUCUCUCUCUGCCCAUGUUCAUGUUCGUUGUCUGUCUCAUCUAUUUCUGUCACACGCCCUCUCGUCUUCAAUCGUUCUCUCAUCAAUAUUUCACGCCGUCUUUCAAGAGACCAUUUGUAUGGUACGUAGAUGCUUGUUUCUCACAUCCCGAUUCUCCACAUUGGCAGUUUGGGAUGGGGAGCGGAUCCAAAGCCUCCUUCACUCCUUUUGUGGACCCACGAGUGUAUCAGACCUCCCCCACAGAGGACGACGAGGACAACCCUGCCUCAGCCCAUUUUGCAGAUGAACUCCUACGGCAGGAGCAGGAACAAGCUCGACUAAAUGAGGCUAGGAAAAUAUCUGUUGUGAAUGUCAAUCCCACCAAUAUCCGGCCACACAGUGACACACCAGAAAUCCGCAAGUACAAGAAGCGCUUCAACUCUGAGAUCCUGUGUGCGGCACUAUGGGGAGUGAAUCUGUUGGUAGGAACAGAAAAUGGACUCAUGCUACUAGAUCGCAGUGGUCAGGGCAAAGUCUACAAUCUGAUCAACCGCAGGCGCUUUCAGCAGAUGGAAGUUCUGGAGGGACUCAAUGUCCUGGUCACCAUAUCAGGAAAAAAGAAUAAACUGAGGGUCUACUAUCUGUCAUGGCUUAGAAACAGGAUACUUCACAAUGACCCUGAGGUAGAAAAAAAACAAGGGUGGAUUACAGUUGGUGACCUGGAGGGUUGUGUCCAUUAUAAAGUCGUCAAAUAUGAGAGGAUUAAGUUCUUGGUGAUUGCAUUGAAGAAUUCAGUGGAGAUUUAUGCCUGGGCUCCCAAACCCUACCACAAAUUCAUGGCUUUCAAGUCUUUCACAGAUCUUCAGCACAGGCCUCUGCUUGUGGACCUGACGGUGGAGGAGGGUCAGAGGUUAAAGGUUAUCUAUGGCUCCAGCGUUGGUUUUCACGUGAUAGAUGUCGACUCUGGGAAUCCGUACGAUAUCUACAUUCCGUCCCACAUUCAGGGCAGUGUUACCCCUCACGCCAUUGUGGUGCUUCCCAAGACCGACGGCAUGGAGAUGCUUCUGUGUUAUGAAGAUGAGGGAGUCUAUGUGAACACAUACGGCAGAAUCACUAAAGACGUGGUGCUCCAGUGGGGAGAGAUGCCCACCUCUGUUGCCUACAUCCACUCCAGCCAGAUCAUGGGCUGGGGAGAGAAAGCCAUUGAGAUCCGCUCCGUGGAAACGGGACACCUCGAUGGAGUUUUCAUGCACAAGCGAGCACAGCGACUGAAGUUCCUUUCAGAAAGAAACGAUAAAGUGUUCUUUGCCUCAGUCAGAUCCGGAGGCAGCAGCCAAGUUUUCUUCAUGACCUUGAACAGAAACUCCAUGAUGAAUUGGUAAUUCAUCCCCGCCCAUCCCUGCAUUGUAUCUGUGGACCUAUUCUACUUUAUUGAAAAGUGUGAAAAAAGGAAAGACGGGAAAAUCCAGGUGUGCUGGAUAAUCUGGCAGACUGCAAAAAGACCAAACCUUGCUGGGACCUUCUCAAAAGAGUCAAAGACAAACCCAAAAUCCGCACGUCCCCACCAACCAAAAAAGGGGCGCCGGAGAAGAACAACUGGUCUGCAUUAUUUUUUAUGGCUCUUUCAUUAACAUGCGUGGGGUUCUGGUGUUUUUGUCGUUAAAAAAUCUGUAUCUAGAUUCUUCUGGAGGUCAAGACUGGAAAUAUGGGGAAUAAGACCCACAGAAUAGAGUGAAUAUUUGUACUGUUAAGACACUUUUUGACAAUAAUUUAUCAUGGUUACGCUGAACGUCAGUAAACCUCCCUUGUGGGAUGAAUCCAUUGAGGCUGGUUUGUGUGAUCAACCUCAUUUCUUUUUUAUGUUUCAGCUUGGAAUGCACACAGAUGUUUGUGUCAUGUGGGAUAUCACUCGAAUGUCUGAUAUUUAAGACUUGUAUGAUACUUUGCCACAUUACGUUGGAGCAGACACACUUUGGGCUGUCCACAGAAUGCCUUAAAUAUAAAUUCGCAAAGCUGCUUGUUUUUGUUUUUUUAAGUCCAUAAUAUAUUGAUGUUUAUGCAUAUUUCUGUAAGGAAGGGAAAAUGCUACUUUUUUGGAUGGAAAUUGAUGCCUGCUGAUAUGGACGUAUAAUGGAAAUAUAAAUUAUCCUGAAUACUCAUACUGUGCAUUCCUAGUUUUAGCCCAAAGCUCUAUAGUAUUCACAUUUGGAACCUGUGGUUUGGCACUGUUUUCCUUGUGCUCAGGGAGAUGUAGAUCAGACCUUUUCCCAUUCAUUUCCAUUGUCUUUACAACUUGUGUUAUGGGUAUUUUGGCAAUUAAAGGGAUAGUUCACUCUAAAAUUAAAAUUAUUUUCUCAUAUACUCACCCUCAUGAUGUUCCAAAACUGUAUGACUUUCAUUCCUCAGUUACACACAAAAAGAGACAUUUAGCAGAGUGUUCGAGCUACUCUCUUCCAUACAAUGAGAGUAAAUGGUGACCAGAAGCUGUCAAGCUCCAAAACAUCAUAAAAGUAAUCAGUGUGCACUAUAUUUCUAGUUUCUGAAGCCAUAUGAUGUUUUGUGUGAGGAGCAGGCUCAAAAAAGUUGUUGAAAAUCCUACUUGACAACUCUGGUCACAAAUAACAGCCUGGACAUUGACAAAAAAGUUGUAGACAAAAAAGACAAUAAGGUGAGUAAUUUUUGGGUGAAUUAUUACUUUAAUUAUUUUUACUGGCCCUAUGAGAACAUUUGAGGGUGAAGCUGGUCUGCAGAGAUGAUUCUUGAACGCUUUAUCACAGUGCUAACUGCUAAGAAACAGUCUGAAUACUUCAACUGAUUGGUCAAUACUACAGAGCUUUCUAUUGAAACAU